AGGGAAGCGGUAGCGGGAUAACGCCGAGCGUCAGCUUCUCAUCAUUUCCAAUGAAUUAUCAUCGCAUUCCAGCGCCUGCCAGCUGACGACUGCGCCGCAUAUUUCCCCGUGAAAACAGGAUUUUGUUUCCAGGCUGCGUUUCCUUGAGCGGCACUUGAUCACCUUGGGUUAUGGCGCAGACAAACAAUUAUGGGCAAAGCAGCAACGGAGUGGCUGACGAGUCUCCCAACAUGCUGGUUUACAGGAAGAUGGAGAACAUCAUCGCACGGAUGCAAGAUGAGAGGAAUGGCAUCCCCAUCCGCACAGUGAAAAGUUUUUUAUCGAAGAUCCCAAGUGUCUUUUCAGGGUCAGAUAUAGUGCAGUGGAUGAUCAAAAACCUGAACAUCGAGGACCAAGUGGAGGCGCUGCACCUCGGCACUCUGAUGGCGGCCCACGGCUACUUCUUCCCCAUAUCGGACCACGUGCUCACGCUGAAGGACGACGGGACCUUCUACCGGUUUCAGACUCCGUACUUCUGGCCCUCAAACUGCUGGGAACCUGAAAACACUGACUACGCGGUUUACCUCUGCAAGAGGACAAUGCAGAACAAAGCCAGGCUGGAGCUCGCAGACUACGAGGCUGAGAGCUUAGCGAGGCUACAGAGGGCGUUCGCACGGAAAUGGGAGUUCAUAUUCAUGCAGGCAGAAGCACAAGCAAAAGUCGAUAAGAAGAGGGACAAGAUUGAGCGUAAAAUCCUCGACAGCCAGGAGAGGGCCUUCUGGGACGUGCACAGACCAGUGCCUGGCUGCGUAAACACAACAGAAGCUGACAUCAAGAAGUCCUCGAGAAUGAAACAGCCGCACAAAACAAGAAAGUCGGUGUAUGGGCUCCAGAAUGACGUGCGCAGCCACAGCCCCACCCACACUCCCGCGCCGGAGGUCAAGCAGCCGACAGAGGAGGAGCUGCACGACAAGAUUCACUUCUGGCAAGUGCAGCUGGACAGGCAUCGAUUGAAAAUGUCCAAAGUUGCGGAGAGCUUGUUAAGCUACACUGAGCAGUACAUCGAGUACGACCCCUUUCUGACGCCACCGGAACCCUCUAACCCCUGGAUCUCAGAUGACACGACGUUAUGGGAGCUGGAAGCCAGCAAAGAGCCAAGUCAGCAGAGAGUGAAAAGAUGGACCUUUGGGAUCAACGAGGUGCUGAAGGACCCGGUGGGACGGGAGCAGUUCCUCAAGUUCCUAGAGUCGGAAUUCAGCUCGGAGAACCUGAGGUUCUGGCUGGCCGUCCAGGACUUGAAGCGAAGGCCCAUUCGGGAGGUCCCCACCCGGGUCGAGGAGAUCUGGCAGGAGUUCCUUGCGCCUGGAGCUCCCAGCGCCAUCAACGUGGACUCCAAGAGCUAUGACAAGACCACGCAGAACGUGAAGGACCCUGGACGUUACACCUUCGAAGAUGCUCAGGAGCACAUUUACAAACUGAUGAAGAGCGAUUCCUAUAGUCGCUUCAUCCGGUCCAGUGCCUACCAGGAGCUGUUACAGGCUAAGAAAAAGAAAAGUAAGAACUUGUUUUGAAGGAGCUUGCUUCCAGGGAAGAUCACUUACUUCAAAGAGGCUAACAAGUCUUGUGCAAUCAUGCUAAAACACAGUCAUCGUUUAGCUUGGAAGAGGACCAUCGUUUCUACAUUGUUGUAGUCUACAGUUUAUUCUGAGGAACCACUUGCUGGUGGGCCAAUUGUUGCAUGUCCAAGGAACUCAUUUUUUAAAUAUUUCCCCUCUGUGAGAAAAAGGCAUUCUGGACUUCGAGGAGAAGAUGAGAAGAUGCAUAUAAUGCCUUCAGAAAAUAAUUAUUUCCCUAGUUACAUAUCAGCUGGAUCUGUGUGUGUCUGCAAGCUGAAAAAGGUGGGAAAGAAUUGUGUUUUCAAACUUGGAGGAAAAAAAAAAUCUAAAGUUGAGAGGGAGAGAGGCCUCUGCGUAGGAGUGUGUCCUGAAUCACUGACGAUCUGUCACGGUGUUGAAACAUUACAGUGAUGCAUAUAUUGUAUUUUAAUUGGCUUUUAUUACACUGUCAGAGAUUAGCGAUUUGUCACACGUGUAACGUCUCAUUCUGAUGAAGAAAAACGCUGUGUCUUUGUCCUAGGUGUGUCUGUAACUUUGUUACUGUUUCUUGCAUUAUUUGGGACACAUUAUUAUAACUCCAUUCCCACAAAAGUUGGGAUGCUGUGUGAAAUGCGACUAAAAACAGUAUGCAACGAUUUGUAAAUAAUAUAAACCCAUAUCUGAUUGAAAAUGGAAUCAUAGACCAACACAUCAGAUGUUGAAACAGAAAUUUGUUUUAUGACAAAUAUAUGCUCAAUUUGAAUUUGAUGCCAGCAACACGUUUCAAAAAAGUUGAGAGAGGGACAACAAACGACUGGAAAAAUUGUGUAACGCUAAAACAAAACACCUGCUUGAAUAUCAACUAAUUAAUUGACAACAGCUCAGUAAGAUGCUUUUGAAUAAAAAGUCUCUCUACAGUGAAGAUGGAGAGAGGUUCACCCCUCUGUAAAAGACUCGUCAGCUAGAUAUGUGGGCAAAUAGUGCAACAAUUUAAAAAUAAUGUUCCUCAAUGCAGUAUUUCAAAGAAUUUGGGAAUUUCAUCAUCUACAGUGUACAGUAUCAUUAAAAGGUUCUGCGAAUCCGAAGAAAUCUCUGUAUGGAUGGGACAAGGCUAUAAACCAAUACUGGAUUGCAGUGAUCUUCUGGUCCUUAGGCGGCACUGCAUUAAAAACAGACACGAUUCUGUAGUGGAAAUCACUGCAUGGGCUCAGGAACACUUCCGAAAACCACUGCCUGUGAAGACAGUUUGUCGCCGCAUCUACAAAUGCAGGAUGAAAUUCCACCAUGCAAAGAAACCAUAGCUAAACAUGACCCAGAAACGCUGCCGACUUCUCUGGGCCCGGUCUCGUUUAAGAUGGACUGAGGCAAAAUGGAAAACUGUACUGUGGUCUGACAAAUCAUAAUUUCACAUUCUUGUUGGAAAUCAUGGACGGCGCGCCCUCCAGGCUAAAGAGGAGAGGGACCGUCCAGCUUUUUAUUAGAAGACAGUUUAACAGCCAGCAUCCGUGAUGGUGUGGGGAUGCAUUAGUACCUUUGGUAAGGCACCAUUAAUGCUGAAUGACAUAUACAGGUUUUGGAGCAACACAUGCUGCCAGUCAGACAACGUCUUUCUCAGAGAAGGCCAUGAACAUUUCAGCAAGACAAUGGCGAACCACAUUCUGCACGUAUUAUAGCAGCAUGGCUCCGUAGUAGAAGUGUCUGGGGGCGAGACUGGCCUGCCUGCAGUCCAGAUCUGUCACCCGCUGAAAACAUUUGCCGCAUCAUGAAACAAAAAAUAUGACAAGGGAGCCCCUGAACGGUUGAGCAGUUGAAAUCCUAUAUCAGGCAAUAAUGGGACAACAUUUUACUUUCAAAACUCCAGCAACUGGUCUCCUCAGCUCCCAAACGUUUAUAGAGUGUUGUUAAGAGGUGAUGCAACACAGUGGCAAAAAUAUUUUUCUCGCAUCGAAUUCAAAUUGAGCAUAUCUUUGUCAUACAACAAUAAAAUGUCUGUUUCAACAUUUGAAAUGUCUGUGUUCUAUUAUGAAUUUAAAAUGGGCUUAUAUGAUUUGCAAAUCAUUUCAUCCUGUUUUUUUUUUCUACAUUUUACACAGCAUCCCAAACUUUUUAGAAAUGGGGUUGUAAACCAUAUUUAAAAACACGUUUUACAUAAAAAUGUAUUAAAGUUGGCCCUUUAUCUGUUUAUGUGGGUACAUUUUUAUUUCUUAGUUAUGAACUUUUCUGUCUGGACUCGGCAUUUUUUGUGGUCUGCAGCUUCCAUUUCACUCUGAAAGGAGAUUUACAGUUGGUUUAUUUAAUGAUUUCUCUGCACUAAUUCAUACUGAGCUUGAAAAAACAAAACUGUAUUUUUUCUUUUAUAGUAUAGAAAACCCAACGUCUGUGGAGUAUUGUUUCCCAGAAUUUUGACUUUGAUGUCGUAUGUAUAUAUAUAUAUUUUUUAAACUUUUGGAAGUGGAUGCAAAUUAGCGUUAACAAUAAUUCAGAUAGCCCUGAUGUAAAAUAAGCCAUAACCCUUUUGGCUAGGCGUGUUCAUUCCUGUCCUUGUGACUGAGAAAUCUGAGGGGAGCAAAGGUCAGACGCAGCUCUGAUACCAUAUUGACAGUUCCGCUUCUGGUCUGGUGCGGCCUGUCUGACGUGGGCAGGCCUUGGCUGUGUAGUUAUUGCAUGGUGUAUUCAGUUCAUAUAUGGUUUCUCGCCAUAUCUGUUUACUACAGAAUGAAAAGGCAUAAUUGUGGAAACAUUCCAAAAGCAUGCUAUUUUCUAUAUAUAUUAUAUAUAUAAAAAAUCAUGUUAUAUGGAUACAGGAAAUGAGUUCUUCUUACAGCAACCCCACUCUGUUAAUGGAUUAAGCGAAGCAGGACACUGUCUUGGUCCCUCAGUGUUGAGUAGCAGACCGUGUGAGGCCACUUCGUUGCUUAGGAAGCGAAUGCCCCUCGAGAUCUGGCUGGAUACUGAAACAGUAUCUCAGUUCACAGUGUGGCUUUUUCCCCUCAUUCAACACCGACCUCAAUAACAUUUGAGCACAGGAUAUGCAAAAAACCGUAGAAAAUCUGCUAAUGCGGCGAAAUUUUUCAAAUUCUGAAAAAGAAAACAAAUAGCGUUGUGGCAUUUUCGGCCUCCCUCGAGCGAGACACGGGGACAUGGGAGCCGUAAGCAUUUCAAACCAAACACCGAGACCUUUGUUGGGAGAAACCUCAUCUGCUGACCAUAGGAAGUGCUUUGGUGUGGUUAGCUGGGAGGAGGAUGCUCGUGUUCGCUGGAUCCAGAACUGAGGAUGAUGGAGUAGGGUGUUCCUGAUGUUUUCCCGGCUGGUGUUGGCGGUUCAGCACUGCUCGGAAACACAAUCCUGGGUGUGAGCGGCUGCACGGUGCAUAACCUGCCCGUAGCCUAGCUGAGCUUUUGGGCUGUCUCCAUGUAUAUCUUCUGCCCUCAGUCGAUCACAUUCGAGUUGUCCAAAGAGUCCCCCCCCUGCCAGGUCAGAGGACCAUGCUGGCAAAGUUCCCAUUGCUGAACGAUGCCCCCCGCCUGAGAAUGUACGACGACAGUGACACGUUUCCCUCUGUUACACUACAAGGGAGAAUCACUGUUCAGCACUGCAAAUAAACACCGACCUGAAGCACCACGACCAAAAUGCGUUUUGUAACGUCUUUUUGGAGUAACAACUUUACCUGUACGUUUGUUACACACUCUAAGUGCUUAGGGGUAUAUAGAUAAACUGUGAAUGGAGUGGGACAGGAUGCAGUGUGAAUAUGAUUUAAAAUCACUGGCAAUAAGGUGGCAGUAGCCAUCGUAGUAUAUUUUAAUGUAAUUGUUAGUCUAAUUACCAACUGCAGCCACUAGAUGGUGCCAGGUCUUGUCACAAGGGGCGGCGCAGCAUCCUGGGAUGUGACCUCUUAACAUCAGAGGUCUGAACUCUCAUUUAGCAGCUGGUAUAGAGUUCCGCUGAUACAAAUGUAAAUAUGUACAUUUUCCUGUUUGAUAAUGAAACAUAGAACCUAAUGCAGAUACAGAAUACAGUGUAUAAAAUCUGAGAACUAGUGCGGAAGUUACCCUACGAGCAAUAGACUCAGCUCUGACGGUUUAGUUCUGUUAGUAUAAUGUAAUAGUGUUACUGGGGCAGAAAUUCUCACUAGAACAGCCCUAAAGAAACUGCAUAACAACUAUAAAGCUCCAUAUAAAAUGGUAUUUUGUGUGUGUGUGUGGCAUCUUUCUAAAUUCUGUAUAUCUCAGAAAUGCCUGUGUACUGUACCAGUGUUAGGGUUCAUUUUAUUUUAUCUUUUUUUUUUUUUUACCUUUCAUGUUGAAGGAGUUUUACAACUUGCUCACGCCGGAUGGGAUGCAGCAUUUGCAGGGUGUGUGUUCUGGUCUCGGGUGGGUUCUGGCGUCCGGGUCGGCAGGAAGCUCCCACCGACAUCAGGGGCCUUCGAAGAGAGUCUGUAAUUUACCAUUUAGGCUACACUUAGCGGGAAUAAUGUCACACAAAUUGUUAACUGUGGCCAGCUUUGACUGCUUAUAAACCAUACACCAAAUGUAGAAAAUGAAGUCUUUUAAUAAAAACCGGUAAAGAAAUUG